GAAAGACGUGUGUUUACAAACAAAAUAAAAUUUUUUAAUUUAAUUUAUUAGUUUAAACAAUGUAUUAAAAUUUUCUAAAUGAUUAAAAAUCAUAAUGGCCGGAUAUUUAAGAGAACCAGCAUUAUUUGUUGGCAAUAUAGAUGAUGACAUGGAUUUUUCUGUUCCUCCAAGCUCUGGUGAAGAAUAUUUAAAACGAGUAGUAUUGGAGGCUCAACAAUGUGAUGAUGUUGUCGUUGCUAAUAUAGACCGAAGUAAAUUCAAAAAACCUACUGGUAUUACACCGCUGGAAGGAUGUGUAGAAGCUCCAUCACAUUUUCGUCCUACUGUAGAAUGGCAAAAUUACCAAGUCGCUGAUUUUUCUGAAGUUAGAAUGAAGAUGGAAGGACUCAAAUUUGAACGAGCUGAAAGUACAGAUUGGAAAAACAAUUUACCAACUCUUCCGCCUGCGAAUAGCAGCACCGAAUGGAUCGAUUUUUGUUUAGGAGCAUCAAAUCAAGAGACAGAAGCUCAUCAACCAAGUUUAAGCAUAAUUCUUUCGAUGAAUCAAUCAAUGGUUGAGCAAGUUUUAGAAUAUCUUGUGGACGAAGUAGAAAAUAAAGGAACCUUAACACCACAAAUGGGUCGAUGGAUCUAUGCUUUAUUAACUAUCAUAGAAAUGCCUUUGGAUCCAGAUGUGUGUGCAUGUCUCAGAACAUUAGCUCGAGCAUGUUCUAAACUAAGAGCAAGUUUGACAUCAGAAGAUGACACACAAGUGUCGACGAUGAAUUUAUUUAUCUGCUUAGUAGCAAGAUAUUUCAAACAACUAGAUUUAGCUGAUACUUAAUCAUGUAUAAAUGAAAAGCACAUACACAGUAAAUUGAAAAAAAAAA